CUCCGUAUAGAGCUGGCAGCCAGAGCCGCUCGUAGAUAUCAUUCAUUUGUGAGGCAGUGCUGUGUGACAGUGUAUUCGUGGCGCGUAGUUUAUUCCGUUUAUACUACUGAAUCUGCGUAUUCUUCGCCAUGGGUAUGAGGAGCAAUACCAGUAAUAAGAUUCGUGAACAAUGCAAAGAGCUGAUGCUGUCAGAUCACCAAAUCCACCAGAUCAUGGACAGACUACUGGAAGAUAUAAAGUUGGGGCUAGGAAAGGAGACUCACGCGAAGGCCAUUGUGAAGUGUUUCGUGACAUACGUUCAGGACUUGCCCAAUGGGAAAGAACAAGGGAAGUUCUUGGCACUUGAUCUGGGAGGUACAAACUUCAGAGUGCUUAUUAUAGAACUAGAGGGAGAAAAGUUUCACAUGGAUUCUAAAAUAUACGCCAUUCCUCAGAGUAUUAUGCUUGGAACAGGUGUACAGCUGUUUGACCACAUUGCUGAAUGUUUGGCAAACUUCAUGAAAGAGCAUCAGAUGGCCCAUUUAAGAUUACCACUGGGAUUCACCUUCAGUUUUCCACUCACUCAGAAGGGUUUGACAAAGGGAUACCUGGAAAGGUGGACCAAAGGGUUCAACUGCAGUGGUUGUGUUGGUGAAGAUGUGGUUCAGUUGUUGAAAGAUGCUCUAGCAAGGAGAAAUGAUGUGCAGAUUGAUGUUUGUGGUAUACUCAACGACACAACGGGAACGUUAAUGUCAUGUGCAUGGAAAAACCACAACUGCAGGAUAGGGCUCAUCGUUGGUACUGGAAGCAAUGCAUGUUAUGUAGAGAAAGUGGAAAAUGCAGAAUUAUUUGAUGGUGACAAAUCUAAGCCAUACGUUGUCAUAAACACAGAGUGGGGAGCAUUUGGAGAUAAUGGAAGGCUUGAUAUUGUGCGUACUGAGUAUGACCGAGAGAUCGACCAGUGCUCCAUAAAUAAAGGAAAGCAGUUGUUUGAGAAAAUGAUCUCUGGAAUGUACAUGGGAGAGAUUGUAAGGCUGGCACUCGUUAAAUUUACAAAGAGUAAUCUCUUAUUUGGAGGCAGAGGCUCUGACCUGCUCUUCAAGAGGGGAAAUUUCUUCACAAAAUAUGUAUCUGAAAUAGAAAGUGACAAGAGGGGAAGUUACACAAAUUGCCGGCAAGUGCUGGAAGAACUUGGCCUUAACCAUGCAACAGACCAAGACUGCAGUAAUGUGAGGUUUAUUUGUGAGUGUGUUUCACGGAGAGCAGCACAUUUGGUAUCUGCUGGUGUUGCAACACUCCUAAACAGAAUGGACGAGGAAAAUGUUACAGUGGGCAUUGACGGCUCAGUCUAUCGUUUCCACCCUCGUUUCCAUGACCUUAUGGUUGAAAAAAUUUCUGAGCUUGUCAAACCAGGCAUUAAGUUUGAUUUGAUGCUGUCGCACGAUGGUAGUGGCCGAGGAGCUGCACUAGUAGCAGCUGUAGCAACUAGGGAACGGUGAAUUUAAUGCUGGAGACCUUUAGGUGCAGUUGUAUAUAUUAGACAAUUUUGGGUUCCUAUAGCAUGUUGAAGCUGCAGAAGUACUGUCUGAUGUUGAAAUGUACGAGCUUCACCACAAGCUGGAUGAUCCGCAACAUCUGUCGACUGACAUUAAGCCCCUGGUGGUGCAGUGCAGCAUUAUAUAUUUAUGUAUAUGUGUGUGCUGUGAAUAUGAUGAGAUUAUGUGAAAAUUUUAAUUUAUAUGAUCAAUUGGUCAAAGUUAUACUUGAAGGCCAGUUGCUUUUGAAAUUUUUUUUAUAGGUUCCAUAGGAACAGUUCACAAUGAAUUCUCUGGUUUUGUGAGUUUUUAAUGUUUUGUAGUGUGUGUGUGUGUGUGUGUGUGUGUGUGAGAGAAUACUUGCGUACUUAGUUCUGCACGUGUUAGACAUGUAAAAGGCUGAAAUUCAGUCAUUUUUAUAAACUUAUAAGGGAAGAAUUAAAUACUUCCUGUGUAAAUUGCUUUUAAACAAGUUUAUUAUGUAAAUAAUUAAAUUAGAUUUCAUAGCUAAAUAAAACACAAGCAAAUAAAGCUGUGUGCAAAC